UCUUUCGCCAUCAGCCAGUUUCUCUACAUCGGUUGACACUAGAAAUUUCCCUUCUGACUUGUUUACUCCAACCUUCACUUCAGUCGAGUUGAGGGACGGAGCCUUUUUGAACCGAAGUUGAAUUCGAGGGUUCUGGCAAGCAUUUUCAUUCCCAACGAAAACCAUUUUUGUUGUGUAUUCCGCCGUCAUGGCGAGGUUAGUUGGCGUCGGAGCGCUGUUAGCGAUAGCCAUGUGCUCUUGGUCUGUGAUGGGUCAAACGGCGGACGAUAUCCCUGAAGCAAAUAUGGAUGUAUGUAACUACACUAUCACCAUGCCAGCGACAGUUUGGCUGGGAAGCACGCUGGAAGCGCAAGUGCACGUCGACAAAGUCCAUGGGAUGCACGCACCUAACUGCAACGUCGAACUGACGGCGCAUACCCAGGAGUCGCGUAGAUACUUUGUGCCGUGGAGACGGUAUCGGGAGCCAUCCACCUCCUCCAAUAUCUCCGUGUCCGAUUCCUUCCAGAUCGUGGCAGGAGCGGAGCCGAAAAUUAUCAGUUUCGAUUUACCAACAGAAGGACAAGCUGGUAAUCAAAGACUUCGCGUGACGGUUCGUGGCGCAUGCCAUCCAAACGGCGCCUAUUCACCAUGCCGCUUUGAGAACUCCACUAACCUUCACGUCGAGAAGGGACGCACCAACGUUCUCAUCGAACUUGACAAGCCCGUCUAUAAGCCAUCUCAGCUCAUCCAAGGCCGUAUUGUUGCCGUGGAUACAAAACUGCUUCCUGUCAAUGGCAUCAUUCCUCUAGUACACAUCACUGAUGCCAAGAAGUCGCGAGUGGCCCAGUGGAGGAACGUGUCGUUGAAUAAUGGCAUUGCUACAUUCUCUCUGCCUUUGUCGUCGGAACCGGUCCUGGGCGAUUGGAGAGUCACUGUGUCCGAUCAAUUCACGGGUGCUGAAGUCGAGGAGGUAUUCAAAGUUGACGAGUAUGUCCUGCCGAAGUUUGAGGUGAACGUCGAUGGUACCAAGUGCCUCUCCGACGAGUCCAGUGAAUACUGUAUGGAGGUUGAUGCACGAUACACUCACGGACGCCCAGUCAAGGGCACCGCGGAUAUCAAGUUUGAACUGCUGGCACGCCACGGAAACGUUCUCAACUGGAUGUAUCUUAACAACGAUGCAAUGGGGAGUCUGGGCUUUGAAUACCCAGCCAACACCAGCAUAUACCGGCGCUACAGAUACGCCUAUGCCCAAGUGACUGCAAUGCCUAUUGUUAUGAAACAGAAGCUUACAGCUUCGGAAGAGGACCCAGUGCGUGUGUGCUUCGAUUUCCGUGACGUCUACGUAACCUUUCGACAACUGUUUUGGAACGGCCGUUCGUACGUCCCUGCCCGAAUCCGCCCCGGCUACACAGGGAAGAAAGUGCUGCCACUCGUCCAGAUGAGGCAACAGAUCCUGAGUCGUGUCAAGAUGCAAGCGUCUGUCGUCGUUACUGAGGGUGCAACCGGCAUCGAGCGUAAUGGCAGCGUGGAAAACACUUGCUACUUCUCUUCCCCGUACAGAAUCGAGUUUCAAGAUGGGAAAUACAGCGGAAAGUUCCAGCCAGGUCUGGCACUCUCUGGAUCUGUGAAAGUGUCCCGUCAUGACGAGGAGCCUGUUGGCCAUGGUGGACUGAGGGUGCAAAUGGUAUGCGAUAUCGAUGUCCCCACCACCAAAAAACCACAGCGCCUUUUGCACCAAAACCUGACUGUUGAUGCUGCCGGUCGCGCCGAGUUCCGCAUUGAGAAGACACCGUGCUCGACGACCGGAGUCAACUGCAGGGCAAAGCUGCUGAAGCACCAAAGACCGCUGCAAGUUAAUAGCUUCAAGUCCUACAAAGUCCAGUUUUCGCCAACCAAUACGUUCGUCACCAACUCUCUGAUCGGGCCCGAAUACGAGCUUGGCCAAACUGCUCGCGUUCCUCUUUGCCUGUUCUCUUGCCACGAGCAAGACGUCUACAACAUACGCUAUUCGAUCAACGCCCGUGGCCACGUGGUACAUUCUGGUACACAGGAUGUACAGAGAGGCGGUAUGGACUCAGUGGAUGGUGACUGCUCUGAAUCUGAAGAAACCACUCAGCCACCGAUGACAACCGAAGCAGAGGUGACGACCGAAGCUGGGACCGUUCCCGUCGACGACGGCAGCGGAUUCAGUCCGGGACUGUCGGAGGUCACGCUGAUCAAGCGGCGUCCCGACCCGGUUCGCCCGCAUCGCUUCCCGAUCUAUCCUCCGGGCCCGACGAAGGCGCCGCGCACUUGCCCGUGCAACUGUCGCCGACAGUGCGACUUGUUCCUGGAGUUCCCGGUGAGCGCUCGCAUGGGACCGAGAGGAACACUGACUGUCUAUGUCACCCUGUCCAGUGGAGAGAUGGCAGUGGAUACUCUGGAUUACAAAGUCAGCACCAUCUUCGAGAAUCAGGUGAAGAUUGCGUUCGAUUCUGCAACCUAUCGUCCCGGAGCGGAGGCCAAUAUUCACUUCAGCGCCGCGGCCGGUUCAACACUGGCAUACUCGGCUGUGGACAAGUCUCUUCACAUUCUGGGUGGACAGAACCAGAUCACGCUUGGCAGGGUGAAACGCUCAGUCAACCUGAGAAGCUCAUUCUCCGCUUACAUUGGUGGUUUCCGAAAGUGCCCGUCGGGUUACCGAGGUGGUAGUGGGUUCUUCCCCGAGGAGCCAUUUGUCCUCGAGCGUGCGAAGCGAUCUAGCUCCCCCUACCCAUACUUUUCCUACAGCUCAAACUAUGUGGAUGCUUUAGACAGCUGGCGGGACAGUAACAUGGUGAUUAUGACAUCAUACAACCUGGCUACAAAGCCUUGUCCGCCCGUGCCAAGAUACCCGUUAUACGCGUUUAACAUGCCGCGGCGGGGAGGAAUUCCUGGUGCCCCGGGACCGAUGCUAGCUGAGGCCAUUGAGCGAGCACCAGUAGCACAACCACAAGCAGCACCACCUCAACAAGAUAGAGACGACGUCAGUGAGGCGCCGCGUGAAAAAGCUGAAGUGAAAAAGACAACUGUGGCAUCGAAGCGGUCAUUCUUCCCUGAGACAUGGCUGUUCAAGACACUGCAGCUCCGCGAGUCGCAAAGCAUGGAGAAUAUCACUGUGAAAGUGCCCGACACAAUCACCUCCUGGUCAGCGGCAGCCUACGCCGUCUCCAAUCAGUACGGUCUCGGCGUGGCCGAUCCGGCCGAGAUCACCGUGUUCCAGCCGUUCUUCCUCUCAAUGCAGCUGCCCUACUCUGUGAUCCGCUGUGAGAUUCUGGAGCUGCCUGUCAGUGUGUUCAACUAUGUACCUGGAUGUAUGCAGGUAACUGUGGAACUGCUAGAUGCUCCAUGCUACACCAACACUGGACUUAACACAGUGCAAGAGUUGUGCCUGUGCACCAACGAUGUCGACACUGUCAGAUUCAACAUCUCUUUCAACACUCUUGGUGAUUGUCCAAUCACGGUCAUUGCCAGGACUGGAGGCACCCAGCCGUGUAUGCGUGACGGUGAGACUGUGGCCAAUGCCGUUGCCGUCGACCGUGUACGCAGGGUGAUGAAAGUCGAGCCUGCUGGUGUGGAGAUGGAGCAUGUGGAGAGUCGCUACGAGGUCAAGAAAGCACACGACAAGCCAUACAGUAUCGUGUUCCCGAUCUCGGCGCCGGAGGACAUUGUUGCUGAUUCUGGGCGCGCAUGGCUCUCCAUUACUGGUGAUCUUCUGGGACCGAGUCUCGAGGGUCUUGAGAAUCUCCUUCGCUUGCCGUACGGAUGUGGUGAACAAAACAUGCUGAACUUUGCACCGGGUAUCUCCAUUGCCAAAUACCUCAUCGAGACUGGACAACUGGACCAGAUGCCUUCCGUCAAGGAGAAGGCAACACGCGUCAUUCUUCAAGGUUACCAGCGCGAGAACCGUUAUCGUCACAGCAACGGCGCGUACAGUGCGUUCGGUGAAAACAGCUGGGCAGGAAAGAAGGCCGAGGGCUGCUUGUGGCUGACAUCAUUCGUUGUGAAGUCAUUCUGCAAGGCCAAAAGUACGGAACUGAUAGCCGUAGAUGAUGAGCAAAUCUGCCAAAGUGUGGAAUGGAUAGCGCGCCAGCAAGAGAGAGAUGGAACGUUCCUGGACAAUGGCUGCCUGCAUCACAAAGCCAUGAUGGGUGGAGCCCAAACAACUUACAGCCAUACGGCGUAUAUCUGCCUGGGACUGAUGGAGCUGGCUGAUAUGGGAUGCAACUGUUCAUCCAACACACUUAUGACUGCUAUUAACAAGUGCAAAGCGUACAUGAGCAGUGAGUUUAGUGCAGCCAGCUCACCCUACGCUGCCGCAAUCACAUGCUACGGCAUGGCCGUGGGUGCCAGUCCAGAAGCCCAGCGUAUCUGCCGCUCCCUCAACGAGAGACGAUCUCAGCCUGGGUGUCAUUGGGAACAGAAUCAUAUGGAGAAGCCCACAUGCCGCAACUCCUGGUCUUGUUACCGGCGGCAACCGUCAGCCAAUGUCGAGAUCACCGCGUACGGUCUUCUGGCCAACAUGCGCCGUGGCAACGACCUGUCUGAUCAGAUCUGUAUUGCAAAGUGGCUGGCUGGUCAGAGGAACUCAUACGGCGGAUUCUCCUCCACUCAGGACACGGUGAUAGCUCUGGAUGCCCUAGCACGUCUCUCCAGCCGUCUGUAUCUGGACGAAGGUAGCAACACACAACCACUGAAGGUCACCUAUCGCUACAAACCGGACAGUGCCAAUACCUUUGACAUGGAGAAACAUGCCAUUACCAAGCAUAACAAGAUGGUCAUCUUCCGACGUGAGCUUCGACCCAUUCCGGGAAAGCUUCACAUUCGUAUCCGUGGUGCUGGCAGUGCUCUGUUCCAGGUUGCAGCACGCUACAAUGUGCGCGAAGAGGUGCCAGACGCAGCUUGCUCUCUCUCACCAAGCGUCUUCAUGCGCAAGGAAGGCGAAUAUGUCAUCGAGAUUUGCACAAGAUGGCAGCAAGACAAUGCCUCAAACAUGGCUCUUGUCACUCUCAAACUACCCAGCGGUUACACAAUCAUGCCUGAUGAACUCGACGCGAUGAAGGGUGAUGCAAGUCUGCAGCUGGAACGAUGGGACAUUGACGGCAGACAGGUAUUCUUCUACUUUGAGGAGAUUGACCGAGUUGGCAAGUGCUUCAACGUGACGAUGGUACAGGAGAUGCUUGUUGACAAGAAACAGCCGACGUUCAUCCGUGUACAGGAUUACUAUGAACCAGCUCAUGAGUGCACAGUCGAAUACAGUCUGGACGGCCAGGAGAAGCGCUGCAAAACCAACUACACGUACGAUAGCUGCCACACGCCGUGCAAGCCGCAGACCUGCCAGGCGUAUCUCCUCGGCGAGCCGGCUGACCCGCAGCUGUGCGAUUCCGGAUGCCGAUGCAAGGAUAACUUCCUGCGACUGGGAGACCGCUGCGUCAUGGCCUCCGACUGCAAGCGUCUUCUCAAUGCUUGUUCUGAGAACGAGCAGCAGAGCGAUUGCAGUGCCGGUUGCCAGGAGACGUGCAGUGACUUGACGCUUGGCCUGCCCCGCAUCUGUCCGUUUGUAUGCCAGCGCGGCUGUGUCUGCAAACCGGGCUAUGUCCGUGAGAGUGAAGACGGCACGUGUGUACCCAAAGAUCAGUGCCCUGAUCCGUUUGCCAAGCCUGACCAGGGCAAGUAACAAGUGGGAAUGUUGAACAUCAGUACAGAUUUGGCUGCGGCUAUUACACUCGUCGUGAAGAACAGUUGAAAGCAUUUGACGCUGCACCAGCGGGAGAUUUACACCAGAUUUCGCCGGCCACAUUUUCUCAAUUUCACACUUAAACACAUAGAUCAUGAUAAUUAUACUUUUUUUACUUUCCGAUCAAUUUAGGUUGUACCUCUCCGGAAGCUUAGUAUGACCUCAUUCUCUGUCUUUUUCUAAUAGCUAUUAUUACACAUGCUGCAUUUGAAUUACUGAAAUAUGAUCUACACUUCCAACUAGUACUGAUGAUGUGUUUAGGAUAUUUCUGCCCCUUCUCGGUAUUUUCAGCAGCCACUUUUCAAGUUUCAUAGAAUUUCUGCAGACUAAACAUCCCUCUCUGCCCAAUCACCAUUAUGCACAGUUUAUCAGAUGUUAUACACAUACCAAACAAUUCUUUACGCACUGACUCAAGAUUGGCUUUAUCCACUAUUGCAUUAUUUGAUCAGAUCGAGGAUAACAAUUUACCACAUACAGAUCA